ACUAAACUGUUAAUGAGUGCUGGCAGCAGUGAAGAAGAUAUAGACGACAUUAUUGAUGAAAUCUGUAAUGACAGCAGCUUUGUGAAAACACCUCUGAAAUUGAAGUCCAACUCUUCAAAUCUCACACCUGAAAGCAAUAGUGCUGUUGUGCAGGCUGGUAGGAAAAGAUGCUGUCCAGUGUACCUGGGUGGAAGCUCUUCACCAUAUGGCAUAGGAACAAAUAUUUCAAAAAGAACAUGUGAUCAGCUACAUUGUACUGCUUGUGACUUCCGUGUUUCACUUUUCAAUGACUACAUCUGGGAUCAGUCCUGUGAUUAUCUUUUUUUCAGGAAUAACAUGCCUGAGCUCAGUAAACUAAGAGCGAAGAUGAUAAAGAAGAAAGGAGCACGAGCAUAUGCUUGUCAGUGCAGCUGGAGAUCCAUUGAUGAGUUAACUGACCUCCAAACAGAGCAGCAGCUUCGGUGGGUUUGUGGUAGACAUGCGGAAUGA